GGAGCUGCAGUGCAGCCGUACUAUCCCCCCCUCCCUCCCUCUAAGGGGCAUUUCUAUGCCUGCCUGAGCUUGGCACUCACACUCAGAGGGACACCCACCCAUGAGCUCCAGGAGAGGAGGGUGGCAGUGAAGAUGCCAACCCCAUGAGCAUGGUGUCCUCGGUGGCACAAUGACGGUUCCCUUAUUGAAAAUCGGGGCCGUGCUCAGCACUAUGGCAAUGGUCACCAACUGGAUGUCACAGACAUUGCCAUCACUUGUGGGUCUCAACGGCACCAGAGCUGGCACUUCUGAGAAAAUUACACUGUUCCCCAGCCCCGAAGAUGGGUGGCAAAUUUACACAUCGGCGCAAGCCCCGGAUGGUAAAUGUAUCUGCACAGUGGUGGCCCCUGCCCAGACGUCCUGCUCCAGAGACCCCCGGAGUCGGCAGCUUAGACAGCUGAUGGAAAAGGUACAGAAUAUCUCCCAGUCCAUGGAGGUCCUUGACCUACGAACAUUUCGAGACCUGCAGUAUGUGCGCAACACUGAGUCCUUAAUGAAGGUCCUGGACACCAAGCUGAGGUCCACCGACAGCCAGAGAAGUAUUAAUGCUAAAAGCUUUCAGGAGCUAAAGGAUAAAAUGAAACAGCUGUUACCUCUGAUCCCUGUUCUUGACCAGUACAAGUCAGACACCAAGAUGAUUGUCCAGUUAAAAGAGGAGGUGAGGAACCUCUCCAAUGUUCUUCUACUGAUCCAAGAGGAGAUGGGGGCUUAUGACUACGAAGAACUGCAACAACGAGUCAUGAUUCUGGAGGCCCGCUUACAUGCCUGCAUGCAGAAGUUGGGCUGUGGCAAACUCACUGGCGUCAGUAACCCAAUCACUAUACGUGCCUCGGGGUCACGGUUUGGCUCUUGGAUGACGGAUACCAUGGCUCCCAGUUCAGAUAAUAGGGUUUGGUACAUGGAUGGUUACCUAAAAGGUCGACGAGUCUUAGAAUAUCGCAGCCUCAAUGACUUUAUCAAAGGCCAGAACUUCGUGCAACACCUUCUCCCCCAUCCCUGGGCCGGUACUGGCCACGUGGUUUACAAUGGAUCUCUGUAUUACAACAAGUACCAGAGCAACAUUGUGGUAAAAUAUCACUUCCGAUCACGUAGUGUCUCCGUCCAGAGGAACCUCAACAAUGCUGGCUACAACAACACCUUCCCUUACUCCUGGGGUGGAUUCUCCGACAUUGACUUUAUGGUGGAUGAAAAUGGGCUCUGGGCAGUUUACACAACUAAUCAGAAUGCAGGAAAUAUUGUUGUCAGCAAGCUGGACCCCCUAACGCUGGAGAUCCUCCAGACCUGGGACACUGGCUACCCAAAACGCAGUGCUGGAGAGUCCUUCAUGAUAUGCGGCACCCUCUAUGUAACCAAUUCCCAUUUAGCAGGAGCCAAGAUCUACUUUGCAUAUUACACCAAUUCUUCUACUUAUGAAUACACAGAUAUCCCAUUCCAUAAUCAGUAUUCACACAUAUCUAUGCUGGACUACAACCCACGAGAGAGAGUCCUCUACACCUGGAAUAAUGGUCAUCAAGUUCUCUAUAAUGUCACUCUGUUCCAUGUUAUAAAGACUUCUGGAGAGUGAUGUGGACUGCAUAGGACGAUCAUCUCACCUUUCUUUGUUUCUUUCUUGGUUUAAUUCUUUUUACAGUCUGAGAUUAUCAGUUAUUUCUAUGAAACGCACAGAACACAAAAGACUUUCACGUGGUUGAGUGAGCAUGGUAUCAAAUAUACUUUUUUUUUUCUGGUGGAAAAUAAAGACAGUAUUUGACAUUG